CCGGGCUGGAGCGUCUCCUCCGCCGCCGCCUCCUCGCCCUACCCGCCGCCACCAUGAUGUCCAUGAACAGCAAGCAGGCGUUCAGCAUGCACCCCAUCCUGCACGAGCCCAAGUACACUCACCUCCACUCCAGCUCCGAGGCCAUCCGGAGAGCCUGCCUGCCCGCCCCGCAGCUCCAGAGUAACUUCUUCGCCGGCCUGGAUGAAACUUUGCUGCGCGGCGCGGAGGCCCUGGCUGCCGUGGACAUCGUCUCGCAGAAGAGCCACCCUUUCAAGCCGGACGCCACCUACCACACCAUGAGCAGCGUCUCCGUCUCCUGCACGCCCACCUCGUCCACCGUGCACCUGCACCACCCGUCGGUGCUGAGCGGCCACGCGCACCACCACCACCACCACCACGCGCACCACCAGCCGGCGCAGGGCCUGGAUAGCGACCUGCUGGAGCACCUGAACUCGGCCCUGCCGCUGCCGGACGUGGGCGCCGCUCCCGCCCACCCGCACGCCCACCCGCACGCCCACCUGCCGGCCCUCAACGCCAUGGGGCACCCGGCGCACGGGCAGCCCCCCAUGGGCAUGGGCCCCCACCCGCCGCACGGCCUGGCCUCGCACACGGUCCUGGCCGGCCCGGAGACCGAGACGGACCCGCGGGAGCUGGAGUCCUUCGCCGAGCGCUUCAAGCAGCGGCGCAUCAAGCUGGGGGUGACGCAAGCCGACGUGGGCUCGGCGCUGGCCAACCUCAAGAUCCCCGGCGUGGGCUGCCUCAGCCAGAGCACCAUCUGCCGCUUCGAGUCGCUGACCCUCUCGCACAACAACAUGGUCGCCCUGAAGCCCAUCCUGGAGGCCUGGCUGGAGGAGGCCGAGCGGGCGCAGCGCGAGAAGCUGGCCAAGCCCGAGGUCUACUCGACGGGCGACAAGAAGCGCAAGCGCACCUCCAUCGCGGCGCCGGAGAAGCGCUCCCUGGAGGCCUACUUCGCCGUGCAGCCGCGGCCGUCGUCGGAGAAGAUCGCCGCCAUCGCCGAGAAGCUGGACCUCAAGAAGAACGUGGUGCGGGUUUGGUUUUGCAACCAGAGACAGAAACAGAAGCGGAUGAAAUUCUCCGCCGCCUAUUAAGCAGGGGGUGGGGAGCGGAGGAGAGGGCAGCGGACCCGACGGGCGGGCUGGGCGGCCAGGGAAGGAGCCUGGGUUUCCAGAGAGAGAGAGAAUUCAGAGCACCCAGAAUAAAAACCAGAAUUCAGAGGACUCCGA